UCAGAGGCGGGCUCGCGUUCCCAUCGACUCGGCUCCCUGGGCGAUUGCUUCUGUCUGUUGUUUAGUUAUGGUGCGGGCCAGGACACGGGAAGGCGGCUGGACCCCGGGCUGGAGUUCGGCUGGUUGCUGAAGGCUGCCCCAGUGCCGAGCGGGCUAUGGGCGAGCCCGACCCUUUGGGCUCGGGGCAGCUCGCGGCCGGCCGGAGCUGGUGCUUGCGGCGACUGGGGAUGGACCGCGAGUGGUUGCAGCUGGAGGCUGCGAGUGAGGUGACGAUAGGACGAGGAUUUGGCGUUACCUACCAGCUGAUAUCCAAGGUCUGCCCCCUGAUGAUCUCUCGGAACCACUGUGUUUUGAAACAGAAUCCCGAGGGACAGUGGACAAUUAUGGACAACGAGAGUCUGAAUGGUGUUUGGCUGAACAGGGAGCGGCUGACGCCAUUACAGGUUUAUUGCAUCCAAAAGGGAGACCACAUCCAGCUUGGAGUGCCGCUGGACAAUAAGGGGAGCGCAGAGUAUGAAUACGAAGUCAUUGAAGAAGACUGGGGGACGCUGUCUCCCUGCCUCGCCCCAAAGAAUGCCCAGACAGGGGGGAAAAAUGAAGACUUGAGAACUAAAAGGAAAUUCAGUUUGGAUGGAUUAGAGAGUCCUGCGGCUGAAGGCCCCUCAGCUCUCAAAUGCAGAGCACCUGCAGUCUCUUGUAAAACUGUUGAGCCAGUGACCGCAGGCGGAAAAGGUGAAGCGGCAAGUCAGCCCUUGGGAUAUUUGUGUCCUAAGUUGCCUUCUCUUGGGGCAAGUGACAAGACCACUGGGACUCACGCAGGCCCUACUCUCUCAAAGGUCAUCGAACUUUAUCCGAAGAAGCAGAAGGCCUCCAGCCCGUCAGCAUCUCAGAGCAGCUUAGAGCUGUUUAAGGUGACCAUGUCCAGGAUUCUGAGGCUGAAAACACAGAUGCAUGAGAAACAGAUAGCCGUCCUGAAUGUGAAGAGGCAGACCCGAAAGGGGAGCUCCAAGAAGAUUGUCAGGAUGGAGAAGGAACUGCAAGACUUACAGGCUCAGCUGUGUGCAGAGCAGGCUCAGCAGCAAGCAAGAGUGGAGCAGCUGGAGAAGACUUUCCAGGAAGAGGAGCAUCACCUCCAGGGUUUGGAGAAGGAGCCAGGAGAAGAGCACAUGAAGCAGCAGCUGGUCCAGGCUCUGCAGGAGCAUCGGGCUCUAAUGGAAGAGCUAAACCGCAGCAAGAAGGACUUUGAGAAGAUCAUUCAAGCCAAGAACAAAGAAUUGGAGCAGACCAAGGAAGAAAAGGAGAAGGUGCAAGCCCAGAAGGAGGAGGUUCUGAGCCACGUGAAUGACGUGCUGGAGAACGAGCUCCAGUGCAUCAUCUGCUCCGAGUACUUCAUCGAGGCUGUCACCCUGAACUGCGCCCACAGUUUCUGCUCCUUCUGUAUCAGUGAAUGGAUGAAGCGGAAAGCAGAGUGUCCCAUUUGUCGAAAAGACAUUGAGUCCCAAACCCACUCCCUGGUUCUGGACAAUUGCAUUAAUAAGAUGGUGGAUAAUCUGGGCUCAGAAGUGAAAGAGCGGCGAAGCUUCCUCCUCAGGGAACGGAAAGCAAAGAGACUGUCAUGAAGGUCAUGCUCCAAGGACAUGUGAGAGACUGUAGGGGCUGGCAUCUUGAAGUGGUCUAGAGGAUUCCCCUAGGCUGCUCUGGACCCCAUCUGGGAAGCCGCGUGCUGCAGAGACUGAGUUAAGAAGCCUCUAUUGCUGGCCUUCUGUUGUGCUGGCCCUCCUCACGCCACCGUGCCGCCCGGACUCCGCACUGAGUGCCUCACUACGCAUUAAAGGAAUUGAGUUCUGUUGUUUUUUUUAAUGUUUGUUUUGAUACCUCAUGCCGCCCUGUGCCCUACUGACAUCUCGGACAAUUGGGUGUAACAGACGGCUGCCCUGAAGGCGGCUUGCAUCUUGAGUCUGGUUUACCUUUGCGAAAACAAGAUAUCGUUUCUCAGAAAUAAAUUACAAAA